GCGUGAGGGGCCUGUGGAGAGACAGGCUUGGCUUCUCUUAAGGACCAGCCAGUGGCGGGGCUGGGAAGCUCCGGAGCAGUGCUUGUCUUGGGGUGCACAGCGAUGCCAUGGGGCGCGGGCCGCCCCCGGGGCUUGUCUGCAUCAUCACCCUGAGUCUGUGGUGGGGAGAGGGAGACCGGCAGGGCCAACCCCUGCCACCCGGGCUCUCUGCUCCUGGAAGCUGGAGCAUGCAUGUUCAUCUCACAUCAACUGUGAGUGGCAGUUCAGCAGCCCGCGUGGCCAGCGUGCCGUGCAGGGCAGUGCGGGCAGCAGCCUCCCUUGGCCAGGCCGAGGGUCCCGUGGUGUCACAGGACAAGCUCUCACCUCCUGCUCCAGAAGAGAAUGGGGGCUCCGGGAGGACAGAUGGUGCAGGGUGCGGCUCUGGAGGGACCCGGACCAUCGGGGCUGGGCCAGCCACCCAUUCUUCAAGAUGUGUACCUACUGUGUACCUACUUGAAGAUGUGCACCUACUGUGUACACAUCUUCACAGUGGGCUGUGGAAGGGAAGAGAGCAGACACAUUCCUGGAGGGGUCUCUGGGCUGGUGUGGGGCUCAUCCUGGCACUCGGAGCCUCAUGCUCCUGGACAGAGGCCAACAUGGCUUGGCGAGGGCUGGGGACAGCUGGGUGGUGACAGGCCCUGGAGGAGUGAGGAGGUGGCCAGCGAGGCCCAGGAAGGAAGCCAGACAUCUCCACGCCAAGCCCACUGCCUGGGAAAGCCCGAGCAGUGGCUUGAGAGAGGUUAUUUUGGGCAGCUUUGCCGCCCUCUGCUUCCUUCCCUCAAUGACCACGUUGAGCAGAAGCAAAACCACAGCUCUGUGAGCGGCCCGGGGAAGCGCGUUAACUCUGUGGUCCCCGGCGGCUGCGGCUGCGGUCACUGGGGCAGAGGACAGUCCCCAGGGAAGGCUGCUGGGGAGCGGCUCAGGCUCGGCUGGCUGUGCACUCUCUUCCUGGCAGUGUCAGCGAACGUCCGGGCGCGAUGCCAGUGUGGUGGCAGCAGGGAGGAGCCCCCAGAACGCUCUUGCCAUGCCUGCCCCGGGGCUGGGCAGCCUGCACCCGACACCCGGUGGGCACACAGGACGCAGAGCCACACGGUGCCACGGUCACAGCAGGUGGUGGUGGUGCUGGAAAACAGCCCGGCAAGAGGCCGUCGGCAGGUUUCUGGGGUGGAGGGUUCGCAGGUGACCUGGAGCCCGAGGAGGCGCUGCCCUCUGGCCUGCCGCCCACCUUCAUCCACUUCGCCCACCACUCCUACGCCCAAAUGGUGCGGGUGCUGAAGAGGACGGCGUCCCGCUGUGCCCAGGUGGCCAAGACUUACAGCAUCGGGCGCAGCUUCGAGGGCAAGGACCUGCUGGUCAUCGAGUUCUCGGGCCGCCCCGGCCAGCACGAGCUCAUGGAGCCCGAGGUGAAGCUCAUCGGCAACAUCCACGGCAACGAGGUGGCGGGGCGCGAGAUGCUCCUCUACCUGGCACAGUACCUGUGCUCCGAGUACCUGCUGGGCAGCCCCCGCAUCCAACGCCUGGUCAACACCACCCGCAUCCACCUGCUGCCCUCCAUGAACCCGGACGGCUACGAGGUGGCGGCAGCUGAGGGUGCCGGCUACAACGGGUGGACCAGCGGGAGGCAGAAUGCACAGAACCUGGACCUGAACCGGAACUUCCCGGACCUGACGUCCGAGUACUACCGGCUGGCGGCAGCGCGGGGCGUGCGCACCGACCACAUCCCCAUCCCGCAGUACUACUGGUGGGGUAAGGUGGCCCCUGAGACCAAGGCUAUCAUGAAGUGGAUGCGGACCAUCCCCUUCGUGCUGUCCGCCAGCCUCCACGGGGGCGAUCUGGUGGUGUCCUACCCCUUCGACCUCUCCAAGCACCCCCUGGAGGAGAAGAUGUUUUCCCCCACGCCAGAUGAGAAGAUGUUCAAGCUUCUGGCCAGAGCCUACGCCGACGUCCACCCUAUGAUGAUGGACAGGUCGGAGCACAGGUGCGGGGGCAACUUCCUGAAGCGGGGCAGCAUCAUCAACGGCGCCGACUGGUACAGCUUCACGGGAGGCAUGUCCGACUUCAACUACCUGCACACCAACUGCUUCGAGAUCACGGUGGAGCUGGGCUGCAUAAAGUUCCCGCCUGAGGAGGCGUUGUACGGGCUCUGGCAGCACAACAAGGAGCCGCUCCUCAGCUUCCUGGAGAUGGCGCACCGGGGCAUCAAGGGCAUGGUGGUGGACAGAUUCGGAAAGCCGGUCAAGAAUGCCCGCAUCAUCGUCAGAGGCAUCCGCCACGACAUUACCACAGCUCCCGAUGGAGACUACUGGAGACUGCUGCCGCCAGGGUCGCACGUGGUCGUCGCCCAGGCGCCCGGCUAUGCCAAGGUCAUGAAGAGGGUCACCAUCCCGCUGCGGAUGAAGAGGGCUGGCCGCGUGGACUUCAUCCUGCAGCCGCUGGGCGCAGGACCCAAGAAGUUCUUGCCCGCGCUCCGGAGAGCAGCGCCCCACUUCCGGGUCGCACGGGGCGGCGUGACCCCCUGGAGGGACCCCGCAGAGCAGGACCCCGAGCCCCUCGAGCCCCUUGGGGCACACAGGCUGCCCUCGGCCGGCGGGAGCAAGCCCUGGUGGUGGGCCUACUUCACCUCACUGACCCCCCACAGGCCGCGCUGGCUGCUCAAGUACUAGGCUGCCCGCUGCCGCUGCCGCAGGGGCCUGGCUCUUGAUUCUCUCCGCCACAGAUGUCGCACAAGCCACAGCCGUUUUAUUAAAGGGGUUUUUCACCA